CACUGAACAGCCCUCAGUGUGAACGGAGCAGUAGACAAAAAUCACAUCCAGAAACACAGCAGACACGGAGCCGACAGAAACACUGAAAGACUCGAGUUCACACGACCAGCUUUAAAGCUACUAAUGAGUCAAAACCCUGAUUAUUUUGGAUUCGCUCGACUUUCAGGGAGGAAAACCGAAGCGUUCGCAUGUUAACGUUAGCGGAUCAAGAUGAUUCCACACAGAGAGUUUCCGUUGCCUGAUUGAACCGUUUUUUUAGCUUAACAGUUACAGUUUAACGGCUGAUUUUUGUGGAGAAUUUAAACAUUUUCCCGCUCGACUUUAUGGCGUUUUUAGUGAAGAAGAAGAAGUUUAAGUUUCAGACUCAUGUUACUCUGGAGGAGCUGACAGCGGUUCCCUUCGUCAAUGGAGUUUUGUUCUGCAAAAUCAGAUUGCUGGAUGGAGGAGACUUCACUGCUUCAUCAUCCAGGGAAGAAGUCCACCAGAACUGCGUUCGCUGGAGGAAGAGGUUCUCCUUUGUGUGCAAGAUGAGCGCCAACUCAAACACGGGCGUUCUGGACCCCUGCGUGUGCCGUGUCUCUGUUAGAAAGGAACUGAAAGGAGGAAAAGCAUAUUCAAAGCUGGGCUUUGCUGAUCUGAAUAUGGCAGAGUUUGCGGGAUCGGGCUGGACGGCGCGCUGCUGUCUGCUGGAGGGAUACGACACCAAAAACACACGACAGGACAACUCUAUACUUAAGGUGACCAUUGGAAUGACGCUGUUAUCUGGAGAUCCGUGUUUUAAAACUCCACCAAGCACUGCUAAAUGUAUUUCUGUGGCCGGUCGAGACCCUUCCCUGCAGCUGGACUGUAAAGGAGAAGGAACUGCUGAGGUUCUGCCCAGAAUGGCUAAACAGAGACCAUCCAUACUCGGAGCUGCUCUUCCUGAGGAGGCGGAUCAGAGUCAGAGUCCUGAUGAAUCCUUUCACACGGGUCAUUCACGCAACUCCAGCUACGCCAGCCAGCAGAGCAAACUCUCAGGCUACAGCACUGAGCUGUCGUGCUCCUCCAGUCUGUCAGAUUUGACCCACCGCAGGAACACAUCUACAGGCAGCAGUGUGAGCGCAGAUGCCCCGUCAGAGAGCGACAGCCGUCCCGAUCGCCCUCCUCGACCCCCGCGGCCUAUAUUACCCUCCAGCAGACCCCCACGGAGGAAGCAGGAUUCGGUGGAGGAUCAGCCGACGUGGGUCAACGACACGCGCAUCGAUGCAGACGACAUCGUGGAGAAGAUCGUGCAGAGCCAGAACUUCUCUGACAUCAGUAAUAAUGAAGAUAGUAACCUGAGGCUGUUUGUGAGCAGAGAUGGAACGACAGCACUGAGCGGCAUUCAGCUGGGAAACAGGGUCUCUGCUGGAGUUUAUGAGCCUGUGGUCAUCGAGAGCCAUUAGAAGCACACUCUUCUCUCACUUCAUCAUCAUCUCAAUACUGGAAGAAUCACACACACACACACACUCUCUCUCUCUCUCUCUCUCUCUCUCUCUCUCUCUCUCUCUCUCUCUCUCUCUCACACUCUCUCUCUCUCUCACUUUAUCAUCAAGUCUAAUCAGUGCCAAACGCCACGAGGCUCUACCUGGACAGAGUUAAGUGUUUUCCUGACACACAUGUUGUUUUGUCUGUUUGUUUCACAUCUUGUUGUGGUCUUUGAUUAGCGAUGAACUCUACGCUUGUGCUGAUGAGCUCUUGAAGGGCUGUUGUGUGUUUUCCUGGAGUUUCAGCAGGUCUGAAUGCUGUGAAAGGACACACACGUGUGAAAACUCUGCAGUUUUCCUCUCAUCAUGUGUUGGAAAACCAGUGCACUUUACAGGAGAAUCUCUCACACGCGCACAUACACACACACACACACACACACACACACACACACAUCCAGCUCAUAUUACACCUCAAAAUCCAGAGGAAAUCGGGCUUAUUCUAGCAUCAUUAAGAUUAUGAUGAUGAUUAAUGCUUUUGAUUUCCAGUCAAUGUUGUUUUUCAUAGUGAUUAUUUCCGUCCUCAUCACUGUGCUGUAGUAAUUACGGCUGUUUUCCUUAAUGGUAUUUUUAAUUGGCAUAAAUUUGUAGGCAUUUAUAAGCACAAUACCAUAAUGCACAAAUACAUUUCAAAUAAUACAUAGUUUUAUUUUGAUUACUGUAUUCAAUAUAUAUUUAUUAUGUGAUGCACACAUUCAUAAACUAUACAAAACUGUUUUGUUCUAUAGAUAUUUAAAUUGAAAUGUAAUUUGUAUCGUAUACACAUACAUUUUAUAUCUAAAUAUAAAUGAACAUGUUGUUAAAUAUAUGCAUGAAUGUGUGCAUUUACAUAUACAUAAUAAAUAUUCACAUAUAUUAUGUCAAAACAAACUUUUAUUUUGGAUGUGAUUAAUUGCGAUUAAUUUUUGUCCAGCAUUAAUACACUCUCACAUGUUAUUCUCUCAGCUGUGAGGUGUUAGUAGUAAUUAUAAUAAUAACCAAAAACUAAUUAUUGUUAUUGUAUAAUUGUAUAAACUGUGAUAUUAUAAUAAUAAUAA